AUGUCCUCCCCGUCUCCUAUCUAUCUCUCUAAACUCGAUGUGAAGAGCGCUUUUCGUCAAAUACCUGUCUGCCCACAGGAUUGGCAUCUCUUCGGCAUCCUGUGGCAGGGGAAGUACUACUACGACCGUGUCUUGCCAUUUGGGCUCCGCUCUAGCCCGGCGGUGUUUGAUGCAGUGGCACCCACCAUCGAAUGGAUAAUGCACCACGAAUUCUCCAUCCCAAAUUUGCUGCAUUUCCUGGACGACUACUUGCGCGUGAGCGUGGGCCAGGCAGUGGCGAAUCGGCAGCUGGCCAUUCUUCUCCGCGCAUUCUCAUACCUCGGAGUCCCGCUCGCGCCUGCGAAGGUGGAAGGCUCGUCUCGUACCCUGACAUUCCUGGGCAUUAUCCUGGAUUGUGAGAAGAUGGAAGCCCGGCUCCCUGACGACAAAUUGGCUGACAUCAAGCGCCUGUUGACUGCAGCGAGCAUCAACCCCACCAUGUCUCAGCGCGAACUCGAAUCUCUUCUGGGGAAACUCUCCUUCGCUGCAAGAGUCAUCGUACCCGGCCGGACAUUUAUGCGGCGCCUGUGGUCUAUUUGCAGUUGCUACCAGCAGCCUCACUACCGCAUCAGUCUGACUACCGAGUGCCAGGAAGGUAUCCAAUGGUGGCUACGGCUCCUGGAACAAUGGAACGGAAAAUCAUUCUUCCUGUUCCCAGAUUGGACACCAUCUCCAGACCUCGAGCUGUUCACUGAUGCCAGUGGCACCCUGGGCUGGGGUGCAUUCAACAGCGGCCGCUGGCUUCAAGGGACCUGGUCGCCUGAGCAACUCGUUCACAGCAUUGAGUGGAAGGAGCUCUACGCGUUGGUCACAGCGUGCUGCACGUGGGGCAAGGAAUGGCGCCAGCGUCGUAUCACAAUGCACUGUGACAACAAGACUGGGGUAGAUUGCAUCCGCUCCGGCACAUCCAAGUCACCGCCAGUGAUGACCCUAAUCAGGGAGUUGUUCUUUGUGUGCGCCCGCUUCAAUGUCACCGUCACUGCUGCUCACAUUGCUGGCCAGUCUAACUGCAUUGCCGAUUCGCUGUCUCGUUUCCGCAUGGAGGAAUUCCGACGUCUCCCCCAAGCUGCUCAAGCACAACCAGACCGAGCAGUGCUGCCAUUCCAGUUGAUGUAA